CAUCGUAUGGAGUAAAACGUACUGUAGUUGAAAUUGUGAACUAAUUUAUUGUGAACUCUAUCAAUUUGAACUCCUAAAUUUGAGACCAUAUUCCCUGAAGUUGGAGGACGUGGGUGAAUACUGCACACUGCAUGCGGUAUGUUUUACUACUACUACUAAACAUGCCGUCGUAUACAACGCACAUACAGGCAGCUCAGUAGUGAUCACGAAACACGUUAUAUUAUAGAUUAGAUAUAUAACCUCAGAGUGAUGAAAAACAUAUCCACUGUAAAUUAUUUAGGGGAGACGGAGAAGUAAACGCAUCCUUGCGAAACAAAAACCAUCCAAAAGCGACGGGUGCUCCGUUUUCUUUUAUCUAAAUCCCCGCCACCCCAUUGGUCGACACCAUGGGUGUGUCGGGGUGUGUGUGUGUGCGCGCGCGCGCCCGGACCGUCAUCACGUCACUUCCGGCGGGGAGGACGUGCGGAUGUUUGUACGGCGCGCCGGGAGCCGACAACGCAUGAAGUUUCACAGCGGACCGGGAUCGGGACCGCAGCGUCCCGGUACCGAGCGGCGGCCAUGCCGUCAGCAGCAUCUGGAAGUGCUUCCGAUCGCCUCUGAGGUAACGCGUGACCUUCACUUGACGCUGACGUAAUUUUUGACCACGAGGGGAAUUGACAAACUUUUAUUGUUCGCGCCGGGGGGGUGUUACCGUUUUCUUUCUUUAUGACGCGCCAGAGCAGAAGUCAGUGAUGCAAGAGUGGAUUUGGGCUCCCUUUUAUAAAAAAAAUAGAUGAUUUAGCGUCGCGUUACAUCACAGCUGAAGGCGAGAAUUCACGCCAAUGUUCUCGGGUACGUGUGGCGAACUUCCUGCUCCAACCCGCACCUGCUUAUGUGAUAAAACCUCACGGCCCCACAUGGUGUCAGGAGAAGAAUUCCUUCGGAGUGGAAAAUAUCUGACCAAAUCCUCCCCCCACUCCCACUCCGCUGUCUGUGUCACUGCGACCUUUCUGCAUGCACAGUUUGUUUGAAUCGAGAUGUGGUGGCGAGGUUUGUUUUGGGGGUCAUGACCUUGUUGUUGUUGCUGCAGAGACCUAGAAAGGUCACACUAAGGUCAAAGCAACUGAUCCUGAUUUAGGGGAACUGACUGGUUUGAGGUAAGCUCUCUCGUGCUCGUGUCCUUGCUGUCAUCUGCUCCCUCGGUGCGUUUACCGUUUUGCCUUCUCCUGCCACCUAAAGAUAGAGCCUCGAUGUCUGGGAUUAUAGUUCCCGCGGGACUUUAAACACAAUGUUCUUUGAUGUGAUGGGGAAACACGGGCUGGGCCAAAGUCAUGUGAACGGACCAAUGAAGUCAUGUCAACCCAGGUAAGAGUUAGUCAUCGACCUGGUUUCGGCGACUUUGCCUGUAUUGUAGCUCAAGUUACAGAGCAGGUGGAUCAUUAGAAGGCCAUCACCAUCAACCUAUUUACUUGUUGAGGUCAAUGACGAAAGGGGAACCGAGGCAACAGAACCUGCGCCAGUGCAGCUUUUGCUGUUCAAUUAGUGAUUAUUUUCCACAAGGGAUUUACCGGCGCGAUUAUUUUCUCAACUAAGCCAUUGUUCAUGGCAACGUCAGAAAACAAUAACCCAAAUAUAUUCAAUUUACUCCCCAAAUAAAUCCCUCCAAUAAAUCCCCCCACCAUAAAAAAAAAAAAAAAAGUUUGGCAUUGUUGCUUGAAAUGUUUUCAAAUGAGCUGGAUUCAUUUACUUCCCAGAGAGCUCUGGGUUCAGGUCCCCGGGGGUCCCAGAAACCGGUGUGAGCGGUUCCUCCACUUCCAGCACUCGUGUUGAGCCAGAACCCUCGCUCCCUCUCACAAGUGGUCCCAUUCCUGUUUGGAUCUGUGCAGCUGUUGCUCAAAACGUACUUCUGGUGAGUGAGGGGUCGUUCCUGGUUCCCUGGUCUGGCUUGCCCUCCGCCAUGGCCCGGGAUCUCUUUAGCCCCCCAUCCCCACUGGGGGACUCCCUGCUGGACAGCCCGCUGUGUGGAGACCUGAUGGAGGACCUCCGCGACAUCUCCCGGUCCAUCGGAGACGACGCCCUGGGGUUCGAUUUCCCGGUGUACCGGAGCACCGGCUCGGGGUCCGAGAGCUCCGUCGCACUGGACACUUUGACCCCAGCCUCCAGUCCCUCGUCGGGGGUGUGCGCCGCCGCCCCCAGUCCGGAGGGGGGCUCCGGCCCCCUCAACCUGGAGUGCCGGGUGUGCUCGGACAAGGCCUCCGGCUUCCACUACGGCGUGCACGCCUGUGAGGGCUGCAAGGGUUUCUUCAGACGGACCAUCAGGCUGAAGCUGGAGUAUGAUAAGUGCGAACACAAAUGCAAAAUCCAAAAGAAGAACCGCAACAAGUGCCAGUACUGCCGAUUCCACAAGUGCCUCUCUGUGGGCAUGUCGCACAAUGCCAUCCGCUUCGGUCGGAUGCCUCAGGCGGAGAAGCUGAAGCUGAAGGCGGAAUCCAAGAUGGUGGAGAAAGAGGUGGCGAGCCCCACGCUGACCGACCACAAGACUCUGGUCGGGCAGAUCCACGAAGCCUACGUGACUAACUUCAACAUGAACAAGGCGAAAGCUCGGCUCAUACUCACCGGGAAGACGAGCAAGCCGCCUUUCAUCAUUCACGACAUGGAGACGUUCCAGCUGGCAGAGAGGACGUUGGCGGCCCAGGUGGGAAACGGCGACGGUCCGGAGCUCGGGAGCAGGCUUCGUGCCGGGCAGGUGCUUGCGUGCGGGGAACUCCAGCAACGGGAGGCUGAAGCCAGGCUCUUCCACUGCUGCCAGAGCACCUCGGUGGAGACGGUCACGGAGCUGACGGAGUUUGCCAAGGCGGUGCCGGGUUUCCUGAACCUGGAUCUUAAUGACCAGGUGACCUUGUUAAAGUAUGGGGUUUAUGAAGCCCUUUUCACCCUCCUGGCCUCCUGCAUGAACAAAGACGGCCUCCUGGUGGCCCGCGGUGGGGGCUUCAUCACCCGAGAGUUCCUCAAGAGCCGCCGGCGGCCAUUUAGCGACAUGAUGGAGCCAAAAUUCCAGUUUGCCACACGCUUCAACUCCCUGGAGCUGGACGACAGCGACCUGGCCCUUUUUGUCGCUGCCAUCAUCUGCUGCGGAGAUCGGCCAGGCUUGGUGGAUGUGCCUCAGGUGGAGAGGCUGCAGGAAAGCAUCGUUCAGGCACUCCGGCUCCACCUGCUGGCCAAUCACCCGGACGACAGCUUCCUCUUCCCCAGACUGCUGCAGAAGCUGGCUGACCUCCGGCAGCUGGUCACCGAGCAUGCUCAGUUGGUCCAGGAAAUCAAGACAACAGAGGACACGUCGCUGCACCCGCUCCUGCAGGAGAUAUAUAGGGACAUGUACUGAGUGGAUCUCACGUGGUCAUGAACGGAGACAUGCGUUGGAUUAUUUAUGUAGGCCAGUGGAAACUGUGCGUCUGUAAAUUUGUACUGAUACUAGCGUGCACAUCAACGUGGGCUGCACACUGCUGUGAUCUGCAGGGGAGAAGCAGCUCUGGUCGGUGUUUCACUGAAAGGGGAGACAGUGGAGAACAAACUUUUUUGAUCUUACACCAUAGAUGUGUAGAAAUGUUUUGUAAUGGAUCGACCUCAGAGCAGCAAAUUGCUAUGGAUUGGGUCCCGGACGCCCGCUUUUACUCUGCAGACUGAUCAAAAGCUAAAUGAGAGGCGGACAUGGCAACAUUUACAAAUGGUGUACACCCAAUAAAGACAUCUGGACAUGGCCACUGCAGUCAUGUAUGCACUGAUAAUAAAUAUUAAUCUUGAACUGUAAAAGAAGCAGCGCUGUUGGAGAAAUGAUAUUUUAAUCCUUGAGGUAAAUUAGGUGUUGGUUGUGCAGUAGGCAAAUCAACAUUAAAGUAUUUCAUUUAUUUUGGAAAUCUAGCGCAUGUUAGUUCAACUCAUAAGAUUAGAGUCAGCUUUGCAAUGUCCUUUCAUUGUGUACUAGUACCUUAUUGAAAUCAGCAACAAUCUACCUGCCACCAGUUUGAGAGGAUUGGGUGAAGAAACACCUUCGUCAUUAUUCAACGUGUGCCAUAAUGUUUCAAACUUAGAGAAUUCAUAUUUUCUAUACUACAUUUAGCACAGAACAAGGCAGUUGUCUGUUUAGUGUUGGGUCAGAGAAUGUUCGCACAUCAAUCAUGAACAACAAUGCAGUCAAUUUAUGCAGCCAUUGUUUGAACAUAUUGUAAUUUCAUGUGUAAUAAAAUGUAUUUGAAUCCUUGACCUUCUGCUAAAAACCAUCAUAACAUGACAACUCUUGUUACCUAAGGUUUUUUUUUUGCACAAGUCCUGCCAUUAAGACUCAUUAUUGCCCAGUGAAUGUUUUGACUACAAGCACAAUAAUAUGUUAAGCUGGAUUAUGUUUUAUUUUGUAAACAUAAUGUGGAAUGUGGUUACCACACUGAAGGUUUUCGCUGACUGUGAAACCGCCGUUGAAUAGGAGGAGCUGGUUGCCUCCUUUGCUGUGCUGGACCGCCGAUGUCGUAUUAAAACACUGUUUAUAUUUUGUAUCAUGAAGUGUACAAUAAAAAUAAAAUUGCUGUUUCAAUAACAUGAAUUAUGCCAUGUGGUAGUUUCAAAUAAACUGAGUAUAUUUCACUUUUA